AUGAUCAGGGUAAUACAGAUAUGUGUGAUCGGCAGCUUCACAAAUUAUUACAUUUUAACUAAUAGCGUAAGGAUUUAUAUGUAUGUGUUGACAUGUAGAAGUAGUUUUAAGUGUGUAUUUGGAAGUAGCCAUGUUGUGGAAGUAUGUAAAUGUAACGCUAUGUGUUUUGAUCACUCUCACGGCCUUUCACACCCGAGUAUUCGCUCCACCGUAAAGCUAAUUACCGACCGCUUCCUAUGGCAAAAUUCGCUUUCGGGCAUUAGACAUUGGGCUAAACAUUGUCUUACUUGCCAGACCAGGAAACUUCAUCGUCAGACAGUCACUACUUCAGGGAACUUUUCACUCCCUGACGCACGUUUUAGACACUUUCACGUAAAUAUUGUUGGCCCUUUACGUUCUUCCAACCGUUUCGCUCAUCUUCUAACAUGUGUUGACCGUUUUACCCGUUGGCCACGAGUUGUUCCUUUACGUGAUACAUCUACCGAAUCUGUUUCCCGUGCUUUUGUCGAAGCUUGGAUUCCUGUUUAGUGUUCCGUCCACCACCAAUACCGACAAAGGGAUUCAGUUCAUUUCCACAAUGUUCCGUGAUCUGAGUCCUUUAUUAGGCUGUACCCACAUAAGAACCGC